UCUUACGUUUCCCUAGUGUGGUUGUAUUUCGUAUUUGAGUAUUUGAGGAGGAUGAAGAAAUAGUUAAUAUUAGAUAAAAUUUAAGAAACGCACGCAUAUAAAUGACAAAAUUCAAUAAGAAUUGCUGCUAGUAUAAAGAAAAACAAAUAUACGGAACAGUUUAUUUUGCCACAAGAAAAAAGGAAAAACAAAACCUCGGAAAAACGCACAAAUACAAGAAAGCAGAAGAAGGCAGACGUCGAUUUACGUUAUUUCAUUGAAGGAGAAAAACCAUUUAUUUAUCAAAACGUUAAAAAUGUCGUCCGCCGUAGAUGCAAAUGUUAAACUAUCACGUCUACUUUUAUUGGCCCACAAAUUUAACAAUUUCUAUUUGAAUGGAUUCCAAAAAGGAGAUAUACGUCCUUUUCUAGUCGAAGGUCAACAAGUUGGCCUGAUUAAAUCUGAUGUGAUUAAACAGUUAAACAAAUACCCUGAAGUGUUUUGCAUACGUGAUUGUGAAUACACAAAACAGGGUAUUGUGGAACUAAAUCCCGCCUUUCGCGAUUAUUCUGAACGCACCGAAAAACUUGAUAAAGUUCUUAGAGAACUUAGAUCAAAAGGCAUAUUUUCCGCAUUACAAGGAUGGAGAGAGGAGUAUUAUGAAGUUAAGGCCGAACACAAUAGCCUCUUAAAAAUGGAUCGAUCGGCUACACCUUUAUUCGGUGUACGAAAAUAUGGUGUCGACAUUAACGGCUAUGUAAAACAUCCUACUCAAGGCCUUUGCAUUUGGUUGCAACAGCGCUCAAAUACCAAAGAAACCUGGCCGGGAAAAUGGGACAAUAUGGUGGGCGGAGGUCUGUCAGUGGGCUAUGGCAUUAAAGAGACCGCCAUUAAGGAGGCAGCCGAAGAAGCUUCCAUACCCAGUGAUCUGGUUAAAAAUCUAGUAUCGGCCGGUUGUGUUUCGUUUUUCUUCGAAAGUGAACAGGGUUUAUUUCCAAAUACCGAGUAUGUAUUUGAUUUAGAACUGCCAUUGGAUUUUGUGCCCCACAACGCUGACGGAGAGGUACAAGCUUUUGAGCUAUUACCCGCCAAGGAGUGCAUCGAAAGAGUCUUUACCCCCGAUUUUAAAACUACCAGCUGUCCGGUGGUAAUUGAUUUCCUAAUAAGGCAUGGUAUUAUAACUCCAGAAAAUGAAUUUUGGUUCACGCAAAUCAUCGAGCUGUUACAUGUGCCCUUGCAAUCAUUGUAUACAUACAAACAAAGGCUAGAUGAAUGCAAAAAGCAGCUGCAACUGCAAUCUCAACCGUCAACGGAUCAACAACAAUCAAUAGAUAAAUUAGUAACAAAUAAUAAAAUUAUUGAAAAUGGACACAACAAACCAGCAACUGAGGCCAAUUAAAUUAGCAGAGACAUAGGUACAUAGAUGGCAACAUAAAAGAAAACAACGAUUAUUAAAAUUGAUUGCAUAUUGCAGAUUCUCUUAAAAUCCACUUUUGAAAGACUGCAUUAAACAAAAUUAACAAAAAAAAAAAACCUUAUAGUUUAGACCAGCCA